GCAGAGCUUUGCCUUUCGAAACGACACAUCCGACUCGAAGAAAGCGAGGAGUUCCGCAGUGCACCGUUCUCUCACAUGCGAGUAGCCAGUGGCUGAAUUUCAGUGCUAAAGUACUUUUCCGAAAGAGGUUAUGGGAGGAGUAAACUUCAGGAAAACCAAAGUCCCUGCACUUUGUUUAGCUGCGGCAUUCAAUUUAAAGUAACUCGGGGAUUUGUUUUUUUUUGUGUGUGUGUGUAAUUUAGACCGAAGUGCAGCUAGCAGAAAAGGUUCGUGUUUUCCAACACAAAAAUAAUCUCGGGACUGGGCACUUCAGAGAUACUGACAUUCUCAAUCAUAAAGAGCUGCUAAAAAACAACUUCGGAGCGGUGUGAAAUACAAGCUGAGAUUUCACUGGAUUCUCUGACUGGGAUUGCUGGUAGAGUUGAAUGAAUGGAGACCGAUCCAUUGCUUCCUCGAAGCGUGAGCAGUGGUUUCGAAGGCAGUUCGGGGUCUCGCCGUGACAGCGGAUACUAUGGGACCACCGCAAAACCGAGAAAGCUUUCCUAUUCCGUCCUCGAAAACUCUUGCUCCAUAGAAGGAGGUGAUGAAGACCUGUAUGUCCAACAAGCAAUUGUGUUCAUUGAAGAUGCUAUACAGUACCGAUCGAUUAAUCACAGAGUGGAUUCCGGAUCACUGAGGCUUUACAGAUGGUACUACUCCAAGGUCUGCCAAUGGGGGCUAGGUGCUACUAUUACAGUCAUUUUGGCUCUGGCUUUUAUCGAGAAACCUUCGUCACUGACAGUAACAUCAGACCUGCGCUACAGACAGCCAGCCUGGGAGCCUCCUUGUGGGUUGACUGAGGGCAUAGAGAUGGUCUGCUUUGUCAUCUUUAUGGUGGACCUAACUGUGAAGAGUUAUUUGAUCGGAUGGGAAGAGUUUCAGAAGAACAAGUGGCUGAUUGCAUACAUAUUGGUCAUUUCUAUGUCUGUUGUGGAUUGGACGGUAUCAAUCUGUUUCUGUUGUGAUGAGACGUUAAGACUGAGAAGAGUCCUUCGUCCAUUCUUUCUUCUCCAAAACUCAUCUCUCAUGAAGAAAACCUUAAAGUGCAUCAGGAGAACCCUGCCAGAAAUAGCAAGUGUUUUUCUUCUCCUAGGCCUCCACUUGUGUCUCUUCACCAUGUUUGGGAUGCUGCUUUUCGCCAGGGGAAAGGAUCCAAAUCAUAAUGGUGAAUGGGAGUCUUAUUUCAGAAACCUGCCACAGUCCCUCACAUCUUUGCUUGUACUUCUGACCACUGCAAACAACCCUGAUGUGAUGAUCCCAGCCUAUUCAGUGAAUAGAGGAUAUUCUAUUUUCUUCAUUCUCUUCUGUGGCUUUGGGACGUAUUUCUUGAUGAACCUCCUGACAGCCAUCAUAUACAACCAGUUCAGGGGAUACUUAAUGAUCUCCAUUCAAACAUCCAUCUUGAGGAGGCGCUUGGGUAUCAGGGCGGCGUUUGAAGUCUUAUGCUGCCAGCGGCAGUCGAAGGCUGGCAGCACUCAACAUGUUGAAACCAUCCCGUCUGAGUUGGUGCUGCAGGUUGUCAGAAGGGUACAGAUGAAGACCUACUGCAGAAAGGCCAUCAUCUGGAGAAUUCAGCAGUUUCCUGAUGGAUUUAUCCCAGCUGAGGAAUUUCAAAAGCUGUUUGAUGAGCUUGAUAAGGACCAGAUCAAAGAGCACCCUCCCAUACCAGGAUACAGCUACCCUAUUCUUCAGAAGCUACAGUCCAUCUUCAGCCAUUACUGCUUCAGUCUGUUGGGAAACCUAGUUGCCCUUGCCAACGUUGUGUGUAUUUGUACUAUUCUGGUGAUCGACUCGGAUAAAGCCCUUUCAGAACGAGACGAUUACCUUCUGGGGGCUAUGAAUUGUGUCUUCAUUGUAUAUUACCUGCUUGAAAUGGUUCUGAAGAUAUUUGCCUUUGGGUGGAAAGGCUACUUAUCCUACCACAGUAAUAUAUUUGAUGGUCUUUUGACUCUGUCCCUCCUGGCUCUCCAGAUUUCCAUUUUUGUUACAUACAGACUUCCACAUCCUAAGUGGAAUCCAGCCAUGCGCGGCUUCCUCUCAUUGUGGGAGAUGGUGCGUUUGGCGAACAUGCUGAUUGUCUUCCGGUUCCUGCGUGUCAUCCCAAACAUCAAGCUAAUGACCCUUGUAGCAAGCACACUGUUUGACCUUGUGAAGAAUCUGAGGGCAUUUGCUGGCAUCUUAGUGGUGGUGUACUAUGUGUUUGCCGUCUUUGGCCUAAUUAUGUUCCAAGGUGCUAUUACAGUCCCUGGGAAUAUGAGUGUGAUCACUGAUGCUAAGGUUUUAAACAGCUCUGUUAACUAUACAGAACUAUGCGGGACUUAUGAACAACUGGGGUACUGGCCAAAUAACUUCGAUGACUUUGCUGCCACUCUGGUGCUUUUAUAUAACAUCAUGGUGGUGAACAACUGGCAGGUCUUCAUGGAAGUCUACGCCCGAUACUCUUCCCCGUGGUCCAAAUUGUACUUUGUAGCUUGGUGGUUGACUUCCUCUGUCAUGUGGGUGAACCUGUUUGUGGCGUUGAUUUUGGAGAAUUUCAUUUACAAGUGGGACAGAAGUCACCAGUGUUCCAUUGCUGAAGUUGAGCAGACUGGAUAUGAGACAACUGUGCAGCUAAUGUUCAGAGAACACAUACAGGAGCCUACAGAGGAGGAACUUGUGUCCAGACUUCAUCAGCAUCCUCAUCUCCAUCUCAUGUGAUGCAACGCUGGAGACAAUUCGUGGCUUUCAGAGAGGAUUGGGCAAAUUUCAGCCUGUUUGUUUGGCGCCUUUUACCGAACGUUAACAUUUCAUGUUCUGGAAGGAGUCACGUAAAGGAAGAUGAUGUCCCUUGAGUAAGCUGCUGUUCACAGCUAAGAACAAAAUCAAAGGAACCAUUUUUGCCCUUUUGGGGUUCUUAGAAAACUCCUGUGGCAGUUUUCCGUAUCUACUGGGCUGCAGGGCCACAGGCUCAUUACUGAUCAGUAGAUACAGUAGGUGGAAGGUAGUGGACAUAUUCAAGUUUACUUUCCUCUUACUCUCAUACUAGAGAAGAAAGUUACAUUGCACUCCAAACUUACAAAGUUUGCCUUAUUUAUGAAUGGGGACCAGGGGGAUCUAUUGCAAACAGUACAUACUUGUAAUGGCCAGAAGAGGGGGAAACGUGCACUCCUUUAAUACUCAUGCCUGUCUGUGAAUGAAGGGGCAACAGCCUUUGAAAACAUGACCUUGAAGCUUCUGCUUUCUCAUAGUUACAUUCUUAAGUUGAGAGUUUGGCAGUGAUACACUAGUUAGUGAAGCAAAUUCCUGAAGCUUUGGAGCAUUUAAAGAAUCUGCAGAGGAUCCUGUGUGUUUCACCUUCAAGCGUUAAGGGUGCAAUAAGAAUCACAGCACCUUUAAAGGCGGGUGCAUUUAGUUUUAAGUUACAAAAGAAUACCAGUAUCUGAAUGAGCUGCCAUUACAUCUGAACCAGAUUCUGGGAGAGUGUGUAUGUAUUUAUAUUAUAAGACUAGUAUUCAGAAGUCUUUUUCUUCCAAUGUACAAAAUUAUGCAAUGUUUUAAACUUUCCAAACACCUCUGUGUUCAGUAAGGAGGGUGUUGCUCUCUAUUUUAUUUCACAUUAUUGUAUGCCCCUGUGUCUGAAUUAUUUGAAAUCUUAACAAGGACAAAGUGCUGUUUUACAGGCUUGUUUGCAAAUAUUUGUACGGAAUUCUUGUCCUUGUGUGACCACUACCUUUAUCAAUUUAGUACGUAAUUACUGAAUUGAGGCACAUUGUGUUAAUAUGCCAGCUCAGCAUAUUUUAUUAAUUAUUAAUAAUUAUGUAAAUAGUAUUUCAAUGUGAAAUGUAAUACAGUUGUUGUUUUAGUUUUACUUACUAAAGAAGUCCUUGGUAUGGGUUUGGUUUGACAGAUGAUUAGAAAUUGCUUGGGAUGAACAUCAGUGUAAAAUGCUUUGAAGUGAAAGAGUGCUCAGGUAAAUAGCCAGAUAAAUGUAAAGGGAAAAGCCACUGUCUGUUCAGGUGGUAAACAACCUACUAAUAUUUGUGUUGAUGAGACAAAGGAGUCCGAUACAGCGGUAUGUAUUCUUAAAAAUGUUGUUUUUAUCUUUUUUGUUUUAAUGGUGGAUGGUAUUCCACAAUUCUCAGUUCUGAUUUGAAUAAACAGCUUGGCCCCCAUGA